GCUUUAAGAUUUCGGUGCUACAGUGAUGACAGAGCAACAGAAUGCGAGAGAGCAAGAGCAACAUCACAAUAGAUACAUAGUGUGUGUUUGAAAUUCCAAUGGACACUUGCCACCGUUUCGGGUGGGUGUACUAGUGGCAAGUGUCCGUUGAACACAAACGUAAGUACGCGAAUUAAGCCAGCACACAGCAUCCUGAUUUGAUUUGAGAGCGGCAGCGAGAGCGCGACAGCAGCGAGAGCGUGUACAAUUGAAAGACUAAAGACUGAUUACUUGCUCCGUUGGUGGUACACAUUCAGUCCCGGAUGAGAUUUGAAGCAAUAAACUUGAGUUUUAUAAUAAGCGUGUAUACAUUUAGGCGUAUCAACACUUACUUACUCACUUACCUAUUUACUUAUAUCAUAUUAAGUGCAUAAAAUGUGAUUUAAAUAAAUUAAGUUAAAAAAAAAAAAUUCUAUAAAAUAAUUAUUAAUGUAUAAUGAAUAAUUGUAAUCAAAAGCAUACCUACACAUGCGUGUAAUGAAAGCGUUGCUAUUGAAGUAAGUGAAAAUUGUGUGUGGAAAAAAGUGUGUUUAGAAAUUGCUCCGAUUGUUGAGCAUAAAAGGCAGAAAAAUAAGGAUACCCACAGCCAAGCCUGUGAGGCAGUUUAGUUGAAUUAAUAUCGCGGUGGUUGUAUGUGUGGCACUCACACACACACACACACGCGCACAAAGUGUUAUGUUAUGUAUGCGCAUAUGUAGAGCUGUGCAACGGCGAGGCUGUGGAUUAGCAGCGGAUUUGUGAACGGAAAAUUGGAAAAUCAGCAACAACGUCAACCGCAAACAAUAUAAACAAUCAUUCGCAGCCACAUCCGAGUACAUAAUCACACACACACACACACAUACAUGCGUAUGUAUUUACAUCAGCUAUAUACAUAUAUGUAUAUGUAUGUAUGUCAUUUGUUGAGACGUGAAAUCGCCCGUAUGACAGCCAGCUUGACAGUGUGGCAGUAGGACACAAGACAGGAACUCCUUUAUUUGCAUGUAAAAUGAACUGUCAAACUGUGGCGCUAACAAAAGCGGCAAUGCGACGAGUUCGCAUGAGUAACGACGACCACGAAGACGACAGCUACACAAACGAUAAGCAGCGGUAUAAUAACGACGGCCAACUGCAGACAAAAGUAUUGACUGGAGCAGCAGCAGCAGCAGCCGAAGUAGAGGCAGUGGCAACGCCAGCACGCACAAUCACAAACACAAUGCGAUCCAGUUAAUGGGCAACACAUUCGUACGUUUUCGUAAUACAUUCGUUUUGCACGAAGCUUAAUCAUCUGGGUACUUGGCAACAAAAGCUUUAAUUAAAGAACAACAGCAAUACAUAUGUAUAUUUGCACAAAACUAUCAGUGGAAUAAUUAAAACUAAACAAGCAAACAAAGAAACGGAAAACCAAAAAGCAAAAACGUAACAAACAACAAAAAACUAAAGCAAAAACCAAAAAGGAAAAACCAAAAACCAAAACGAAAAAAGGAAAAUUGUAAUUGUAACUAAGAAAAAAAAAACACAUAAGACAACAACAACAACAAAUCAAAAUGGGCCCACUAUUUUUUGCACGUCUGGCAAUGCCGGCGCACGGGCCGCCAAGCAUACUGGAACCGCUGGCACCGUCAUUCCGCACAACGACAACAUCGACGACGACGACCACAACAACCACCACGACAACCACAACAACAUUAGCGCCAUCUGUAUUCACCGCUAUGUUGGACAAUGUGACCACAGUGAUUAUCUUAGAUAAUGAAAUAGCACAAAAUCAAACAAACGCCACCGGCAUCUACGGUCCAAAGGGACCCAGCUAUUCCAUCUCAUCAAUGGUGAUCAUGGGCAUAAUUGCCGCCAUACUCAGCUUGCUGACAGUGGCGGGCAAUGUUAUGGUUAUGAUCUCAUUCAAAAUCGACAAACAACUACAAACAAUCAGUAAUUACUUUCUCUUCUCAUUGGCCAUUGCCGAUUUCGCUAUCGGCCUCAUAUCGAUGCCACUGUUUGCGGUCACCACCAUACUCGGCUAUUGGCCAUUGGGUCCACAUAUCUGCGAUACAUGGCUCGCACUGGAUUAUCUAGCGUCGAAUGCAUCGGUGCUGAAUUUGUUGAUCAUCAGUUUUGAUCGUUACUUUAGCGUUACACGACCACUGACAUAUCGCGCUAAACGUACCACCAAUCGGGCGGCGGUCAUGAUUGGCGCUGCCUGGGGCGUAAGUCUGCUGUUGUGGCCGCCGUGGAUUUACAGUUGGCCAUAUAUUGAGGGGCAACGCACGGUACCGCAAUACGAGUGCUAUAUACAGUUUAUCGAGACCAAUCAGUACAUUACAUUUGGCACAGCGUUGGCGGCGUUUUAUUUUCCGGUAACGAUUAUGUGCGUGCUAUACUAUCGUAUUUGGCGUGAGACGAAGAAGCGUCAGAAGGACUUGCCCAAUCUGCAGGCGGGCAAGAAGGACUCGUCAAAGCGCUCGAACUCGAGUGACGAGAAUACCGCUGUUAAUCACACGGGCAUGUUGCCCUUUGGCAAUGCUGGUGAUGGCCAUGAUUGGCGGCGGCCGCGCUCCGAAUCCUCUGCCGAUGCUGAGAGUGUUUAUAUGACCAAUGUGGUCAUUGAUACCGGCUAUCAUGGUCUACAUUCACGCAGAUCAAGCAUCAAAAGCACCAAUACCAUCAAAAAAUCAUAUUCUUGCUUUGGUGGCAUUAAGGAAUGGUGUAUUGCGUGGUGGCAUUCCGGACGAGAAGAUUCCGAUGAUUUUCCUUAUGAGUUGGAGGAACCUUCGGAUUAUGGCUGCACUUCUGUCAGCGUGGUACGCGACAACUAUUCUUUAGGCGGCAGCGCCUGUGGCGUACGCCCACCAAGCAUACUACUACCCGAUGUCUCACCCACACCGCUACGGCCGCCCCUGACACCACUCUCGCAACUGCAAGAGAUCUCCUCGGCAUCGGGUGCACGCGAUUCACGCUCUUUACCCGGCAAUAAUCGCAUCAGUUCACGUUCGGUAAGUCAAGAUUCCGUUUAUACAAUACUAAUACGGCUACCCUCGGAUGGGGCUACCGCCAAUAAUGGCCCAGAAGCGCCAUCUAUCAAAAUGAUACACGAAGACGUAUCGCUACCGAUCAUAAGCGCUGCACCGCCACCACGACGACCACUCUCAUCACGUGAUUCCGAAUAUAGUUUACCGUUGGGUCGACGCAUGUCGCACGUUUCACACGAUGUACGCAUACCGCUCAAUGCGAAGGUAAUCCCCAGGCAAUUGGUCAAACAUGUGCAUGCCACGUCGCGUGUUGUCGCCAAGAAGAAGAAGAAGUCACAAGAGAAGCGUCAAGAAUCAAAAGCGGCCAAAACGCUAUCGGCCAUACUCUUGAGUUUCAUCAUCACCUGGACGCCAUACAAUAUACUGGUGCUAAUCAAACCGCUGACCACAUGCUCCGAUUGCAUACCGAACGAAUUGUGGCAAUUCUUCUAUGCGCUCUGCUACAUCAACUCGACCAUAAAUCCGGUUUGCUAUGCGCUAUGCAAUGCAUCCUUCCGCAAGACCUAUAUACGCAUACUCACCUGCAAGUGGCACACACGCAAUAGGGAGGGUAUGACGCGUGGCGUGUACAACUGAGUAAGGCCUAUGGAGGGGACGAUUAUGCGUCGCCGCGAGGGCAAUGCUGGCCUCUUCGAAUUGAAGCAGAAUCCUAAAACUAAUACAUAAUGAAAGUGCAAGCGUAUGCCAUAAGCUAAGCGCUGGCUUGGCGUUCGGUGCGGUACGUUGCGUUGCGGCACGUGUGAAGCUCACGGUUUUCGUUGCUUUAGCUGGCGGGGUAUCUGCAUGAACAAUGUGUAUGUAGCAUACUAUUUGUAUAUUAGCGUUUAUAUGUUUCAGUAAUGUGGUUUAGAUAUUGUCUUUACAUAUAUUAACAAUAGCAGUACAUAGAUAUACUAUAUUGGUAAACACAUACAUACAUACUCACACAUAUACAUAUACUACAUAGGUAUAAAGUGGGUUCAGUUGGUUUCCGGUUUGUUGGAACUACGCGCGUACUUGCAGCAUGCAUACAUAUGUAUGUAUGUAAAUAUAUGUGUGCUAUAUAA